AUGUCCAUUACAGUCUUGACCGCCCGGCAUGACCAGGCCGAGCAAUCGGGCCAUGUUCAUUCGAGCAUUCCACUUGCGUCCUCGGAAGAAUCGACACCGAACCCAACCAGAACUCUCGGCGUGCCUCCUGAGUUCUCUUCAUUCGCAGAAGAGAUCGGCUUCGUUUGCGUCUGUUCCAUGGGCCAGCUCCUCUUCGCGAUUCACCUGGCCCACUCCUUCGUCAACCAACUCACCUUCAUUGAAGCCCUGGGCACGAGUACACUCAACACAUCAUGGCUCAUCGGCUGCUUCCUCGUCGCAAACGGAGUAUCUGUUGUCAUCUCAGGCUCCUUUGCCGACCUCGUUAGCCCCAAAUAUCUCACUUGCGGCGCUUUCGUCUGGCUCUCGAUGUGGAGCUUCAUCGGAGCUUUCUCGAUCUCACCUGAGAGAAUCAUUCUCUUCUUCAUCGCGAGAUCAAUGGCGGGUCUUUCGGUUGGUACUCUUUGCGCUGCGGCGAUGAGUAUGCUGGGAAGGGUGUACCGACCUGGCCUUCGAAAGAACCAAGUCUUUUCACUCAUGGGUGCCAUGAUUCCAAUGGGGUUCGCCAUCGGCGCGAUUCAGGGCGGCGCCUUGAGCUCUCACCUUCACUGGGUCUUCGGGUCUACGGCACUGCUAGCUCUAAUCUGCGUCGGCGGUGCGUUUUGGUGCAUCCCCUCGCUCCCUGUAGACUCGGUAUCACCCAGGGACUUUGACUACGCGGGUGCCUCCGCGGCAAUGCUGGGAUGCGGGCUGCUCAUCUUUGGCUUGACCCAAGGGUCGCCCACGCAUUGGAGCCCAUAUACGUACGCCCUCGUCGCUGUUGGGUUAGCUUCAUUGGCAACAUUUGGGCUCAUCGAAAAGAAAGUCCGCCGUCCCCUCAUUGAUAAUCGACUUUGGUUUACCCCUGGAUUCCUGCCGCUGAUUGUCUCUUAUUUUCUGGGGUAUGGAGCAUUCGCGGGGGCAUGGCAAUUCUUCGCCGUGAGAUUCUUACUCGCGAUCCAACAUACGUCUCCGAUCACCACAGCUUGCUACUUGCUACCCGUUGGCAUCAGUGGUACCAUAGCGUCCUGGGUUGUCUCCAGAUUGCUGCACGUUAUGCCAGGACACUGGAUCCUCAUGGGCAGUAUGCUCGCGUUCGCAACCGGUCCAGCCUUCUUCCUCCCUCAGACGUCAGGGACGAUGUACUGGGCUUUAUCGUUUCCCGGCUUCAUCAUCAGCACCUUCGGGCCGGACAUGUCCUUCGCGGCAGUUUCCGUGUUCAUCACCUCGAACGUGCCCAGGUCUUACCAAGGUGCUGCCGGAAGCCUUGUCAUCACAGCUCAGAACCUUUCAACGGCAGUGUUUGCUGCUCUUGGGGAUACCGUUGGGGAGAAAGUAGCGAAAAUGGCAGACUCCACUCUGGAUUUAGGUGCUCUUCGAGCCAUUUGGUGGAUGAGUCUGGCCACCGCCAUGACCGGAGCGCUCGUGUGUGCGUGCUUUGUGCGGAUACCGAAGAGCGAGGAGAAGGAGCAUGUAAGCUAA